ACAGGGUUCUGUUGAGGACAGUAUACUGGGAGCUUCACUAAAACUCUGAUUAUAGCAAAGAUUAUUAUUGGGGUGUGAUAAUUCCAGGUUGGACUUUAUCCCUAUGGGUGUGACUGUGCAGCUGGACGAUAAAAGUGUAAGCAAAGUUCACUCAGCAGUUACGGUUUAACUGCAGAGUGCAUUUUUCAUCUCAGCAUUCUCUUGUGAGGGACGACUGUGAUGGUGUGAGAAGACGCCCAAGGAGUUAAAAAGCUGAUCCACAAUGAGGCGCUCCAGGACUCACAAUGAGGCGCUCAGCAAACCCAUUGAGAAAUGGGACGAGAAAGACGUCCGUGAGUGGCUGCUGACAGAGGUCAAAGUUCAAGAGACCAUAGCGGACACGUUUGUUGAGGAGGAAGUGGCAGGAGACUCUUUAGUUGCCUUCACAAAGACAGAUAUAUUGGACUUGGGAAUAAAACAUGGCCCUGCUGUCAAAAUCAUGUUCCAUCUUGAAAGUUUGAAAGAUGGAUCACAGCCUGAAAAGUUCCCAACAUAUGUGGAAAACUGGACUAAAGAACAAGUGCAACAGUGGCUACUGCAGCAUGUGAAUGUGUACAGCAAAUACACAACACAGCUCCAAGAAGAGGAUGUGUCUGGAGAUUGUCUUGUUUGCUUCAAGAAGCAAGACUUUCUGGACCUGAAGGUCAAAAGUGGUCCGGCUGUUAAGAUUCUGAAAAGUCUCCGAGAAUUAAACCAAAACUCAGAGCCGACACUGCAACCCAUCCCUCAAACCAGCUCUGAACAAACAGAAGCUCCAAAUGCCGGCCAACCAGAAGAGAGUCCAGCUACGAUUGUAGCACCAAGUCAACCACAGCCGCGUAACACACCUGAAUCACAAACAGUCACAAGGGUGGAAAACAAGUCUGGAAGAGAUCAACAACAACUCAUGAACGCGUCAGAGGAAGUACAAAUUCAUCAGCUGAAGCCGCAAAACUCGGGGGCCAGGAGGAAAGAGACCAAGACGGCCCCAGUCCGUCCAGGAAUGCCUGAUGCAACUGUGAAGAUCUACAAAACCCUUGAUUGGCUUUACAAAGAAGACCUUAAAAAAUUUCAUUUUCACCUAAAACGGUACAAAAGGUCCAAGUUUGAACCUAUUUCUCCUAGUGAACUUGAGGGCAGCAACACCGUUGACACUGCUGAUCUAAUGACUAGACACUAUGGUGACCAUGAAGCUUACCAAGUCACAUUGGAGAUUCUACGAGAAAUGGAUCAAAAUGAGCUUGCUCAUCAGCUGGAAAACAAAAUGGGUCAUCCUGAGCAGCAUUGUCUUGCUAAAGAGGUGAUGGAGAGAGAAGCUAACCAGGGUGAAAAACUGAAGAACUUGUUAACUUGUGGAGGGAAUUCAUUGGACAACUAUGAAAAAUUUGUUGUUGUUGUAAACAAGAGCAGUCCAGAGCAAGUGCAGUAUCUUGAGUUUCUGAAAAAGCUGAAACUUUUCUGUGUGUUAGACUUUGACCCAAACUCUAACAUUCAGGGUGGACCGUGUCAUUCAUACAGAGGCUUGAGGUGGGCUAACCUGCAUACCCCCUCACAAUAUCAAGGGCAGAUUGACUUAGUCAUAAAGAGCCUUAACCUCUUCAAACAGACCAGCUGGGUCUUCUGCAAUGGGAGACAUGACCUCGAAAGGGACUCAGACAAAGAGCUGGACUACAGGAACUGGCUGAGGAAAUCCUGCAAAGACAUAGAGCACAUGGUUUCAUUCAUUUGUAACCCUGAAGUUCUUCUCCAUGGAAGAAGUCUCAUCAUAUUCCUCCUCCUAUCACCUGUAGAAUCAGAAAAAGACCCCAUCUAUGACACCUACCGGGCUUUCCUGAAGCACAUUGAAGAGGAUAUGAUCAUUCAUAUUUGUGAAUCUCAGAGUACAUAUGAGAAAUGGAGGGAAAUUAUACAAGAGAAAUGUGACUUUGACAUUGACCUACUGUCUAUAAAUGAGCUGAGCCUCAGCAAGGUCAAUGGAACAAUAAUGGGCCUGGGACCAUUCAGUAAGUCAUCUGAAAGGCUACUCCCCUCCUCUGACUCCAGCUCUGUUGUUCUGAAACAGAGGGAUGAAGACUUACUGAACGCUUUGGACAUUUUAUGUCUGAAUCAGUGUGAAAAUGCCUACGAAGAGAACAGUCCAGAGUUUAAUGAGAAAAGAAAAAAGGUUGAGGAAGAAUUCUACAGGGGUGGCAAAGUCAAAUGGUGGAACUUCUACUUCUGUGAAAAAGACAAGCAGAAACCAUUUAUUAAGAGAGACAAGUAUGAAAAUGUGAAAAGCAUGAUCAAGAAUCAGUUGAAAGAGUCAAAAGAUGUGUGUGUUCUGCUCAAUCUGUUUCACAAGCCAGGCUGUGGUGGUACCACUCUAGCCAUGCAUGUAAUGUGGGACCUUCGUAAGGAGAUUAGAUGUGCUGUGCUGAAAGACAACGACUUAUCAAUGGCUGAAGUUGCUGUGCAAGUCAUAAAACUCACAAUGCUUGAAAGUGAGAAACCAUGCCCAGUUUUACUGCUGGUUGAUGACUCUAAGGAAACAGAGAAUCCUCACAAGCUUUUAAGAUGCAUCCUUCAAGUUGCAGAGACACAUUCAAACAUACAUGUGGACAAGGAACGAAGUUGUAAAGUCAUCAUCCUGAACUGUGUUCGUUCUCAAUACCCAAAAAAGCUGUUCAAACCAUACAAACCAGACAAUCAGUUCAUGACAGCUGAAUUGACACCAGAGGAAAAGGAUGAGUUUGACAAGAAGCUUGAAGAGCUGAAAGAAACCCAUGAAAAACCUGAAAACUUUUACAGUUUUAUGAUCAUGAAGAAAAAUUUUGAUCCAGAGUACACUGACAAACUUGCUCAUGACAGCCUUGAGAACUUUGAUCGCAGCUCAAAGAAGGCCCAACUUUUUGCCUUCUUAGCAUUGCUGAACACUUAUGUUUCAGAAUCGGAAAUCUCUCGCUCUCUCUGUGAGGAUUUUCUUGGGAUGAAAAAGAUCUUCUGGCGAGAGGAAAGUGCACUGGACAGAAUGGAGCCUUAUUCAGACCUGCUCAUCAUUAACAAGGAUGAAGACUGGGGUGGAUAUGAAGGAAUCCGAAUCCUUCAUCACUCCAUAGCAUCAGCAUGUCUGAAAGAGCUAGAGAGAAGCCACUCUUUCAAAGUGAGUGAUAUCACUAUGGAGAUACUGCAUUGUGAUCUGUUCUUCAGCAAGGUUGUGGUCAAAAAAAGAUUCAUGGACUCGAUACAACAAAUGCUGAUUGUGAGGCAGCAAAAGAAAGACGGCAUUGGCAGAGAACCCUUUUCUCAACUGGUAGAAAAAAUUCACAGUGAUGAAGGAAGACAAACUGUCCAACAGAUCUUUGCAAAAGCAUCUUCUAGGUUUGAAAAUAGUGUGUCUAUUCCUCAGGCACUGGCAAGAUAUUUGUACAUCAAGGAACAAGACUUCCCAGAGGCUCUGAAAUGGGCAGAAAAGGCCAAGAACAUUAGAGCAAACCCAUUCACGUUUGACACAAUAGGACAGAUUCACAAAAGCAAUCUGAAAAGCAACAACCAGAGAGAAAAGCAGGAGACUUUCUGCAAUCCAGACAACUUGAACACAAACAUCAAAAUAGCAAAAAAUGCUAUCACAGCAUUCAAAAAGGCUCAAGAGCUAGCAAACACAGAGGAUGAACCUGAGGAGGAAGUUGUUGAUGACGAGUCAGACGACCACCCCAGAAAGUCAUAUAAUGUUAAGGGCUACAUUGGAGUGCUGGAAAUUGCAUUCCUGGUCUUUGAGAUCCUGAGCAGAUUGCCCUUCUUUGACAAAAUGGAUCCUCUAAAGAAGGUAUAUUUCCAGAAGUUCCUCCAAAAAUCAUUCCCCAUCACCAGUGUGUACAAAGAUGACAAUGAAGAAAACCACAGGUAUGAAGAAAUCAUCAAAGAACAAGAACAUUUUCUCAAAAAUCUGAAAACUGAGGUCAAAGAAACCUUUGACCUUCUUGACUGCUUCUUCACUUAUACAAAAGUGGGAAUCUCAGAAUUUCAAGCAAAGAACUUUUCCAUCGCCUGUGAACUUUUUAAAGACUAUGUUAGUCUUUUCUGCAGUACACCAGAGGAAAAGAGUAAAGAACAACAUAGCAAUCCUAAUCUCAAUGUGAAAAUUGAUAUUGAGAAAAAACGAUUGUUUCUUGAAAGGAAACAGGCAGAUACAUUUGCAGGAAUUCUUCAACAUUUAGAUAAACCUGCUGAAGAGAUUGAGAGAAUCACAGAAUGCUAUGCAUUUUUGCAACAACAGCAGCAAAACAUGAAACAGAAAAACCAAAAGACGAAGGAAAGGAUCAACUACAUUCUAUCAAACGUGGUUCUUUACCUUCUGAAACCAAACUCUAAACAUGUGAAGAGUAACAGCCAUCUCUGUGAUCUACUUUUGACAACUCUGCAGGAAGUAGGGCUUGGAUAUCCGUUCCCUGACCCAUACUACCUGGCUCUGCUUCUGUUCUGGCCAAGCAACACAGGGGACCAAAGUGAAAUUGGGACUUACGUCAGAGCAAUUCGAAAUGCAUCACAUAGACGCCUAACUUCAUUGUUUCGAAACAGGAGCACUGUUGCCUACCUCUACUUGGGUAAAGAGAAGGGACUCCAGAGGCUUAUUUCUAAAGCCAAACUCAAUGAGACUUUCAAGAAGAAGACAAAGAAGAAGAUGCCUCGUGAAGACUUGGCACAACUUUGGAGGAAUGGAGACAUUUUUAAAGAAAAAGCCAUUAUCAACUGCCUUCAGCGAGUCAAAGGAACCAUUGAGCAGGGGGAAGUGUUUGCCAGUUAUGGAAAACUGAAAAUCCCAGUCCAUCCAGCUUUGAUUAGACAUGUUAGUGGAGGUUCCAGCACAGAAAAGGUUUCCUUCUACAUUGGUUUUGCUAUCAAUGGACCCCUUGCUUACGAUAUCCAGUUUGAAAACUGAGACUUAAAAUCAUACAAACAAGUACAACAACAGCACUGAGACUCAGUAUUUGAAGAAUAGGUGACAAAGGACAUUUUCACCUUGGCAUGUCUUCCUUAUACCUGACAAUGAUUUCUCCCCAUUCCUAUGGUAUCACUAUGGAGAUUCUACAUUCUGAUCUGUUCUUCAGCAAGGUUGUGGUCAAAAAAAGAUUCAUGGACUCGAUACAACAAAUGCUGAUUGUGAGGCAGCAAAGAAAGACGGCAUUGGCAGAGAACCCUUUUCUCAACUGGUAGAAAAAAUUCACAGUGAGGAAGGGAGACAAACUGUCCAACAGAUUUUUGCAAAUGCAUCUUCCAGGUUUGAAAAUAGUGUCUAUUCCUCAGGCACUGGCAAGAUAUUUUUACAUCAAGGAACAAGACUUCCCAGAGGCUCUGAAAUGGGCAGAAAAGGCCAAGAACAUUAGAGCAAACCCAUUCACAUUUGACACAAUAGAACAGAUUCACAAAAGCAAUCUGAAAAGCAACAACCAGAGAGAAAAGCAGGAGGCUUCCUGCAAUCCAAACAACUUGAACACAAACAUCAAAAUAGCAAAAAAAAUUCUAUCACAGCAUUUAAAAAGGCUCAAGAGCUAGCAAACACAGAGGAUGAACCUGAGGAGGAAGCUGUUGAUGACGAGUCAGAUAACCACUUUGCUUACGAUAUCCAGUUUGAAAACUGAGACUAAAAAUAAUAUGAGCAAGUGCAACAACAGCACUGAGACUGUCAGUAUUUGAAGAAUAGGUGACAAAGGACAGUUUCACCUUAGGCAUGACUUCCUGACAACAAAUGACAACUGUAAGGUAAAUUCCAGUUUUGUAAAUACUUUCUUAGUGUGCUUUUAACACUUUAAAGUUUAAUAAAUGAGGAUGAAAACAAACUUUGCAUCUGUCAAUAUCAGUAUUCUACUUUACUUAACUUUAAGUUAAUAUCUGCUGAUAACAACAUUGUUCAAAGAAUAACAUGCAUCUCUAGAGCAUAUCUACUACCUGUAUUUUAACAUGUAUGCCUUUCAUCACAAAAUUUACAAGUCAGUGAUUUAAUUCAAGUUUAUUCAGUGCAUGUGUUCAUAUACUGGGUAAAUUUCUGGACUUACUCAUUGUGGAUAUGGACAUUUACUUAACUGUUUCUGACUUUAUGUCUGCCAGUGUAAAAAUCAAUAGAGUACUUAAGAGUUAACUGUCAGCUGUUAAACUGUACAGCCAUGCAAAAUGACAGCCGGCAGGAUUAAGUGUCAAUGUUUUUGUAUAUAUCUUUAAUAUUGUCUUCUUUGUGAAUAGUUGAACCCAUUUUUUUUUGUUUUUUUUUUAUCAUGAUUACCUUAAAAAUACCAUGUUACGUUUUCUAAGAUCUACCUCACUUUUUGUAUUUUUAUUUAACUUUAAAGCAUGGUAGAACAGAGAUUAGUAGAGGUGGAAAAAAUGUUAUUUUUUGUUACUGUGUGAAGUUGUAAUCGAUCGUUUUCAACAUUGUGUUAGUAUUGUUAAAGCUGAUUUUUAACUCUAUAUAUGUGU